CUAUUUAACAUGUCCAUUUUUUCGUUUAGUUUAUUUUGCAUGAGACCCGACUUUUCUGUGGAAGCAGAAUCCUAGACAAUUAUUAGUUACUUCUCAGAAAAUAAUCUGGCAGAAGAAAAAGUGGCAUGAGGAGUCAGGAGUGAUGAGGAACAGUCACCAUUUGUCUCUUGCUGUUAUCCCAUUCCUUCCUAAAUAAAGUCAGACUAGCCCCGAUUCCUUUGAAGCUUGGUAUACACUCAAGUUAAGGGACAUAGACUUAAUUAUUCUGCGUCAGUUUUUCUGUGUCAUCCACUGGUUCCUAAAAAGACCAACUUAGGGAACCAUUUGUCUACUUGUGAUUCAACCUAAGUUGUCUAUGAAAUGCUGAUUUGAAACUGCUACCAAUUAGUGUAUCUCCAAAGGCUGCUCCUGUACGUGCCAGCCAUCUGGCCAUACAGGGCGGCACCCACUUUGUGCCUUCAAAACCAGAGUUCAUUCUUCCUGAAUGAAGAGCAACUUAGAGCAGUUGUAAUAUGACCCUUUUUGAGUCAAGAAAAUGCUACCAGCGCAUGAUACUAGAACUGAAAGGAAGUUGCCUUCCUCGCACAGCUGUUGACACAAGUGUCAUGGAUAAUUUGCAUGCCCAAUUCUUUGUACAUUGGGUAGAGAAGAGCUUUGUCUAGCUUUGCUCUUCUGACUCACUGAAAGGGCUUGGGCUUCCUCUGAAGGUGGCCAGUGUUCUGUGGUAGCCACCAUGUGCCAUGUCUUCAAGGCAGCACUUACAGCCCGGGUUUCUGUGUUCUUUUACAGUCAUCCCAGUUGUCUAUUUUGUUCUCUAGUCAACGUUAGUGGUCUCUAUGGAUGCCAAGGUUCUCAGGCUUUCACAGGGCUUCCAUGCUAGCAGGAUUGUUACCUGCCUAAUGUCUUCAACAAGUCACUGUUUUAUAACUUUAAAAAUCAAAAAUAGUUUUCUUUUUAGAGUGGGAUGAUGAACCAGAAUAGUUUUAAAAAAGAGGAUUUUCCAAAUGGCAAAAUGACCUUAGUCUUUUCCAAAUAAUUGAAAAUUGAGCAUCUGAAAUCUUGAAAGGAAAGCAUAUUUUUGGGUUUUAAUGAUAGUUCAUUCUUUUAUCAGAUGGUUGAGUGUCACUCUGUGCAAGGCUCUGAGGAUUCAAAGGUCUUCGGGAGUAUCUAAGCCUUGGGACAGUAACACAGUCUGUGCAAACCCCUGCUCCUUGAUCCCCACACCUGACAAAGAAGAGGAUGAGCCGGUGUACCCGAAUUCUGCAUGCAAGCCUCAGAGUUUCACACCAUCCAGAGCUUCACCUCUGCCUGUCCUGAACUGGGCAAAUAGAGAGGAAGUGUGGAAAAUCAUGUUAAACAAGGAAAAGACAUACUUAAGGGAUCAGCACUUUAUGCAGCGACACCCUCUUCUGCAGCCUAGAAUGCGAGCAAUUCUUCUGGAUUGGUUAAUGGAGGUGUGUGAAGUCUACAAACUCCACAGGGAGACGUUCUACUUGGCACAGGAUUUCUUUGAUCGGUACAUGGCAACGCAAGAAAAUGUUGUGAAAACACUUCUACAGCUUAUUGGGAUUUCAUCUUUAUUUAUUGCAGCCAAACUUGAGGAAAUCUAUCCUCCAAAGUUGCACCAGUUUGCUUAUGUUACAGAUGGAGCUUGUUCCGGAGACGAAAUUCUUACCAUGGAGUUAAUGAUUAUGAAGGCUCUUAAGUGGCGUUUAAGUCCCCUGACCAUCGUGUCCUGGUUGAACGUGUACAUGCAGGUUGCGUAUCUGAAUGACGUGUACGAAGUGCUGCUGCCGCAGUAUCCCCAGCAAAUCUUCAUACAGAUCGCAGAGCUUUUGGAUCUCUGCGUCCUGGACAUCGACUGCUUAGAAUUUUCUUACGGUGUACUUGCUGCUUCCGCCUUGUAUCAUUUCUCUUCGUCUGAAUUGAUGCAAAAGGUUUCAGGGUACCAGUGGUGCGACAUAGAGAGCUGCGCCAAGUGGAUGGUCCCGUUCGCCAUGGUCAUAAGGGAGACGGGGAGCUCGAAGCUGAAGCACUUCAGGGGGAUUCCUGCCGAUGACGCCCACAACAUACAGACCCACAGGGACAGCUUGGACUUGCUGGACAAAGCCCAAGGAAAGAAAGCCAUAUUGUCUGAACAGAAUCGGAUUUCUCCUCUCCCCACCGGGGUCCUCACCCCACCACCGAGCAGUGAGAAGCAGAGCGGUGGGCAGGGGACAGCAUGACACACCAACAUCCUCCACCAAAGACAGUCAUGCGCAAGUGCCUGCUCUGAGCUCUCUGUCUACUGCGGCGGAGCCUGCAUCAGCUUUUACAGACACAUGCAAGGGAAGAGGCAUCUCUUCCACGACAGAAGUAUUUCUGCAGAUGGCAUUGGACAGGGAGAAGUGUUUUUACUGAAUGCUUAGAUUUUUUAACAAGGGGGUCAAGUACACCAGCCACCUCAGAACACCAGUGAGUGCUCCAGAUGCUGCUACGGAGGGUGAUACUUGACUUGACUGACUGUUGGUGCAGACAACAAAGGCUUGAAGUGGAGAGCGCCGCGCUGCUUCCUCAGGUGUGCCGGCUGGCGUGGUGCUAAGCGGAGCAGGUGGCUGUGAGCGGGCACCGCGCGGAGCCCACAGUGCCGGGCGGGGCCUGCCCUCUCCACACUGUCCGUUGACACGUACAAUGCCUUUCAUGAACUCUUGUAAGUGCUGCUAUGUCUAUCCGUUUUUUAAUAAAGAUAAUACUGUCUUUGAGACAGCUGGUUUUA